AUGACAGACUCGUUGCAUCUCCCAACUCCCGAGUCUUUUCCUGCGUUUCCGUUUCAACCCUAUGAUAUCCAACUUGAACUCAUGAAAAGCCUGUAUACCGCUCUUGAAGAUCGCAAAAUAGCAGUCCUUGAAUCGCCAACGGGUACAGGUAAAUCGCUGAGUUUAUUAUGCGGCGCUAUGACUUGGCUUCGGGACAACAAGCAAAGAGCGAUCAGAGGAGAGCUUGAGGACCUAAAACUCAGCAUUCAAAGCGACGACGAACCGGGGUGGGUUAGCCGCCAAAUGUUAGACAAACAUAAGAGAGAACUAGAACAGGCAGAGGCGGACCUAGAGGAAAGGCUGCAGGCUGCAAGACUCCGAGAAGAGAAAAUACGGCAACAAGAGAGGGGACGUCUCAGGAAGCGAAUGCGAGAACGACAAUGCUUUCUUGCCGGAUGGCGAUGCGUCGACGAAGAGGAUAACAUUAGCCCGGCUGUCCGUGCGUUGAUGAAAAAACUAGAAGCCUCGCGACGGAAGGACGAUGACACUGAGCCAGAAGAGCCAACGUGUACCAAGAUUUACUAUGCAUCACGGACGCAUACACAACUUUCUCAAUUUCUCGGGGAGCUGAGAAAAACCCAUUAUCAACCCAAUGCCCGCACCGUCCCGCUAGGGUCCCGUAAAAACCUUUGCAUAAAUGACGAUGUGAAGAAAGGCAAAUAUGGAGCGGACAUCGACGAGGCGUGCCGCGCCUUAGCCUCUGGUACCUCUUAG